UUAAUUCUUUUGAAAAGUCUUGAUGAUAUUAGGAGCCGUAACAAAAAUUUAUAAAGUAAAUUCAACGGUUUUGGGAUAGGAUAGGAUGAUAAGGUAUAAAGAGUUAAUUAUUUAGAACUUACACAUUUUUGUUACGGGUCAUCAAGUUACAUUUACUCAAGAAAAUUAAGAGUGGAGAAUGUUUAAGAAUGUGGUAAAACAAAUUAGAUUUAUUGUGUUCUCAUUUUUCUAUGACAAGAAGAGUAUCUUAUAUAUUAAAUGUAGAUAUUAAGAUGGUCAAGAACAGCAUUCUAUCUUCAAAUCCUAUUUAAUAAAUUGAGUCAAUAAAAAAGCAAUAAUGUCUUGAAAUAUAAUAGGAAUCUUUUUGAUAUUCUAUUUUACACUUAUCUUAUAAUUACAGAUAUCAGUGAUCUUAUUUAUUGGAUGUGUUAAAUAGGUUUAUGCAAUAAUAUGAAUUUACAUGAAUUUACAAAAAAAUAUGCAUCUAAGUUUUAUUUUAUAGAAUGUAUUGGAUGGUUUAUAUCCUUAUGUUUUGAAUAUCGAGUCAAUCAAAUAGAUAUUGCUAAAGCUAAUUUACAAAACGACCCAAAGAAUAAAAUUAGAAUUAGAUAAAUUUAAAUUCUCUAAAAUUUAGUCAAAUAUGGGUUAGAUAUCCCAGUUUCUUAUUCUUAUGUAAAUACUUAGGCUAUCAAACAAGAAACAGCUGUAAUUUUAGGGACAUUUUCAAGCUUUAUUAGUUUAUAUUAAACAUUUUAAUUGCAUUCUGGAGGGUAUUAAUGA